ACAUCACGUGGUGUGCGUGUAUAAGCCUGUGCGCUGUACCGUCCGGCAGUGAGCGGUUCUACUAAACUACUGCUACAGUGGAAGUGGCGAAAUGAAGCCGGCUGUGGACGAGAUGUUCCCAGAGGGAGCUGGCCCUUAUGUGGAUUUAGAUGAGGCAGGCGGAAGUACAGGCCUUUUAAUGGAUUUGGCAGCAAAUGAAAAGGCGGUGCAUGCAGAUUUCUUUAAUGAUUUUGAAGAUCUCUUUGAUGAUGAGGAUAUCCAGUAAUAUCCCAGACUGUUUACUGUGAAAUGCCUCUCACUGCUUGUGCCCCAUCUAUGGGAAAAUGUAUAAUUUUUUUGUAUUUAUAGCUGUAAAUAAAAUGUCCUAGUGAAAUCUUGUUUCGGUUGUAAAUACUUGUGCUAAACUGCUAAUAUUUUAUUUGUAUAAGCUGAAACUGCGGCCUGAUAUUGGCAAUUUAAUGGAAAGUGGAAAGAGGUGGAAUUCAAGUGCACUGCCUGAAAGGCAACAAGACUUGAGAGAGCACACAAGGCCCGAAACAUGUUGUGUAAGGUAGUCUGCAAUAAAGCUUAAAGUGAUACUGACACCAAAAAA